AUAGAGAGAGAGAGUAAAGAUGACCAAAAAGGUGAAAAGGUAAUAAACUGUACAAAGAACACAAAUGGAGUUUUGUUCUUUGAGGUCCAAACAUUAAUUUUCUCUCUCAUGUAUCUCUCAUAUGUAUAUAUGUACAUGUGAUCACUUUGUGCAUAAUUAACCUAUCAAGCUACUCAGUUGAUCUUUGUUUCUAAGCUUUUAGAUCAUGAGUAGUGAUCACCCUUUCACCACAUACUACAAUAGAUCAUGGUUCAAUCUGAACAAAGAAUAUCUACUACCUUCUUCAUCAUCAACAUCAUCUUCUUCACUCUCUCACUACUAUGAACCUUCACCUCCAUCUCCCCCUCACAUAGAAGCUCUUCCUCUCUUGAGUUUAAGCCCAACAAGAAGACUCAACCAUGAUCAACAAAACCCUAGUGAUUCAUGUGCUCAGUUCAUGGAUAUUGACACCAACAGCAACUUUUCUGAUGCUCAUGACACUGUGACUGUGACCCUACAUCUUGGGCUCCCAAGCCACAAUCCUUCUGAAGCUGACCUAAUUUCAAGACUCUCCAACAACACACAUAAUGAUAUUGAAAUGGAUAAUAAAGAAGUGGUGGAAGAAGGUACAAAUGGUAAUGAGUAUCUUAAAACCACACUAAACAAGGGUCAGUACUGGAUCCCUACUCCAUCUCAAAUUCUUAUUGGCCCAACUCAGUUUACUUGUCCUCUUUGCUUCAAAACCUUCAACAGAUACAAUAACAUGCAGAUGCAUAUGUGGGGGCAUGGAUCUCAGUAUAGAAGAGGUCCUGAAUCCCUAAGGGGAAUACAACCAACAGCCAUGCUAAGACUACCAUGCUACUGUUGUGCACCAAGGUGCCAUAACAACAUCGACCACCCAAGGGCUAAACCGCUCAAAGAUUUCAGAACCCUACAGACACAUUACAAAAGAAAACAUGGGAUCAAGCCGUUUAUGUGCAGGAAAUGCGGUAAGCCCUUUGCGGUUCGAGGUGAUUGGCGUACCCACGAGAAGAACUGUGGGAAGCUUUGGUAUUGUAGCUGCGGAUCGGAUUUCAAGCACAAAAGGUCUUUGAAAGAUCACAUAAAAGCAUUUGGAAAUGGGCAUGCAGUUUAUGGGAUUGAUGAUGAAUCUUGCUUUGAAUUAGAAGAAGAAGCUGCUAAUUCCGAGAUUGAUCAUCAAGAAAACGAAUCUUAAUAAGAUUAUUAUUAGGGAAAAUUACGAAAUUGUUGGUUGACCAAGAGGGUUUUCAAUUUUGUCACUCUCCUGCGUCCUUGGAAGGACCACUGAGCUUCGGAAGAGUCCGCAUGUUAUGUUGAUGCGUCCAUGUCCCUAGAAGCUGACACGUGUCCGACACGUGUCCCACAUGUUUAUGGGAAGAGUCGCUGACUCUUCCGAAGCGUCGGUGGACUCUUCCGAAGCGUCGGUGGACUCUUCCGAAGGAGCGUGAUACAUGGCCUCUUCAACAUGAUACGCCGACUCAUCCCGUGCUCAGUGGUCCUUCCAAGGACGCAGGAGAGUGACAAAAUUGAAAACUCUUUUGAUCAACCAACAUUUUCUUAAUUUUCCCUUAUUAUUAAGUCCUGUGCUAUAUUGUUUUUAGUGAACGCACCAUCCCUCACCAUUAGAUCAGUAACAUCGUCUCUUUACUUUUACUUAUAAGGAGGUGCGUGUUCAACAUAUAAGGGAAGGGAGGGGUAUGUUUAGCCUCACUUGGGUUGUGUAAAAGUACCCACCGGUAUGUACAAUAAUUAAUCAAAAGUCACAUUUAAGGACUUAUUUGGUUGAUUGAUGCUCUAUAUAUGAUUGUACUUCUUUAUGAUUUCA